AUGAAUAUGACAGAAUUAGAUGAGUUACAAUGGAAAUCACCAGAAUGGAUCCAAACUUUUGGUUUAAGAACGGAUAAUGUAUUAGAUUAUUUUGCAGAAUCACCAUUUUUUGACAAGACAUCGAAUAAUCAUGUUAUAAAAAUGCAAAGACAGUUUUCUUCAACUUUACAACAACAACAACAACAAAAUAGUAAUAAUAAUAAUAUAUCAUCUAGUGAAAAUAAUAAUGGAUUAGUAUUACCUACAGGAGAUACUAAUAAUAAUAAUAAUGAUAAUAUUGAUAAUAACGAUAAUAAUGGUGGUGGUAGUGAUGGUAAUGAUUCUAAUAACGGUGAUAGAAGAAGAAAAUCCAAUGAAUUUUAUUAUUUAGAUGGGAUGAGACAAGAUAUAGUGAACCGAUACCCAAUACAUGCGAGUAUAGAAAGAGAGUUAAGUAAAUUGAGUGGGAUAGAAUAUGUAUUACUAACAGUUAGAGAGCCAGAUUUCUGGGUAAUUCGAAAGCAAUAUAGACAAAGAAACGAGAAUGAUAAUCAUAUGGAUAUGGAUGUGGAUAUGGAUAUGGAUAUAGACAUAUCCAUGGAUGGAGAUAUGAACAAGAGUACAAAGUUUACAUUUAAAAUAUUGAAGGACUACUAUAUAGUUGGGGCCAAUGUCUAUCAAGCACCGUCUAUAUACAAAGUGAUUAAGAACAGGUUAAUGUCUACUACAUUCAAUCUAUCUAAGAUACUUAAAGACAUGGAUAGAAUGACACACUUUGAACCAUUACAAGGAAUUCAAUUCAAACAAGUACAACAACAACAACAACAAGAGAAAGCCAAUAACACAAAUACUGCAACAAACACGACACUUGCCGCCACUUUGACGGCUACUCAGCCCUCGCCAAUGGACAGCCAACAAAACAAAGAAACCCUCACUGCAGAAAUGAUGGACAAACUUCUCACCGCAAGUUUGAAAUCCGAGCCGGAAUAUAUAUAA